AUGAGCCGGUCGUUUAAGGAGCUGCUGUUGAGGAUCUUCCAGCCGCAGGACGAGGUGGAGGAGAGCUUGACGUUCGAAGAGAGGGUGUUCCGAUACACUUCUCAGACCACGGCGAAGUUUGUCAUUUUCCUCAUUGCGGUGCCAUGGGCGUGUAGCUGGGUGCUGCAUGAUUACAUCCUCACGCCCUUCAUGCACCAUUAUGCACACACCACCCCUCUGAUAGCGCGCAUGCUAGACUUAAGGGAGGGGCAGAAGCUCAACAUGAUUGAACGCCUCAAGCUGGAGAGGCAGCGCAUUCGAUUCGAGGCAGACAUUGGGAAAGCCCCUCCCUUAUCGGAGGAUGGAUUGGCAGCUUACUUGCAGGAGGAAGCGCGUGAGAUGCGGGAGGAGAUUCGGCACGAGAACGAGGCAGCAUUCGCAUACAUCUUCUCAGACACAGUCGGGUGGCUCAUCUUUGCGUUCAUCCUGUACGCAAAUCCGAGCCAAGUGGGCAUCAUGAAGCUCACUGGCGAUCGCAUCUUCACAAACAUCUCCGACACCGGCAAGGCGUUUGUCAUCAUCCUCUGCUCCGAUAUCUUCCUGGGGUACCACUCUGAAUCAGGGUGGGAGACGGUGGUGGAGAUGUUUCUGGACCACUACGGGCUCGUGGCGGAUCAGAACUCUAUUUACAUCUUUGUGGCCAUCGUGCCUGUCACCAUCGACUCCUUCUUUAAGCUCUGGAACCGCGAUCGCUCGAGCGUGGUUCCGUGCGCCUCGAACAACGGUAACAUUGCUGGUCCCGCGGCGCGGGAGGUAGAUUCUAUUCGGGAGGAGAUAUUGGAUUUGAUCACAUCCAUCCAAUGGCUGCAGAAGAAGAUUAACUCGGACGGCCGUCAGACGGCGAACGGUAACUUUGACGGUGACGGGACGCAGGUGCACACAGUGUACGGGUCGAACCUGCGACCGGCGACGGAGAUUCGUGGCCGCAUUGAGCGGCUAUUGGAGCGAGCCGUGUCGCUUAAAGCCAUGGCGGGCCGAAGUUCCUCAAGCUCGCGACGCGUGCCAGUCCAAGUGACUGCCACUCUCAAAUCCCUGCAGCGCGAGUACGGCUCGCUGUACAACAUUGUGCGUCUCUCCAUCCGCACGGACCUCCCAGACAUGCCGCCAUCCGGUCUCUUUGACGAGCCUGAGGACCCCGCUGCCGGGUCACUCGCAGCACAAGCUGCAGCAGGGGGAUUGGAGGAAGGGGUUGAGGCGGCGGGACGACCGUUGGAUGCUGCGUUAGCGUACUCAUACGAUGCCCAGAGGGACUCUGCUGCUGCGCUAGGCUCAAUGCUGGAGAUACAACAGAGGGUGCAGCAACAGAUUUCAGCCAUGAGUGCUGCUGGUACCGGGUCCGCCCUUGGACCUCACUCCACCUCCCAAACACAACCAACCGCCUCCAACCCCUCAGCACACUCCUCCCAGCCGGCAAUACCAUCCUCUACAGCCGCUACAGCUGCAGCGGCGGCGUCUGUAGCAGCAGCAGGGGGUGGCAGCAGCCCUUUUGCGAACCUGUGGAAAAACAUGGCCUCUCAGCUCUCGCGGGCGUUUGAGACGCUGCUGCCUCCCCCCUCCGCUGACGAUGCUCCCCUGGGAGGGAGCGCUGGGGCUGGGGGGCUAGCAGCAGGAACAGCAGGGGCGGCAGGGGCAGCAGGGGCGACAGGGGCAGCAGGGGCAGCAGGGGCAGCAGGGGCAGCAGGGGCGGUAGGGCUGGUAGGGACAGAAGCAGGGGCCGUAGCAGCAGGGGGAGCGGGGCUGGUUGUGGGUGAGAGUGGUGUGGCAGCAGUGGGAGCAGUGGAGGAGGCGUGGGGGGGGAGCGUGCAGUCUGGCAGCAGCGGCGUCAUUGAUAUCACUCCCCAAGCCCCCCUGGCAGGCGCACAGAGCAGCCUGGUGCGGCUGGCGGGGGAGGUGCGAUCUGAGGACGCUCUUAUCUCGUCAGUCAACCGAGAAAUGGAGGAGGAGAGGCAGCGGCUGCUGGGCAAGGUGCAAUCGGUGGCACAGGAGGUGCAGCAGCGAGUGUCAGUGGGGGAUAUGGAGGCGGUGGUGGGGGCAGCAGUGGAGUCGAUGCAAUCAGAGCUGCAGGCAGCACAGCAGCGCACUCGCCAGCUCCUCAUACAGGUAGAGCUGAAGGAUCGGGAGAUGCGGCUGAGGAGGGAGGAGUGGGAGAAGGAACGGUCUUCCAUGGUGGCCUCUCUGCAGCAACUCGUACUCGCUAAAGGCGGAUCCGCUACCAGCAGCAGCAGCAACAGCCUUGAGCAUGGGGAUGGGCAUGAAAGAAACGGAUCCAGUGGUGGUAACACCAGCAGCAGUGCUCGAAGCAGCAACGGCAGGGCCAUUCCCACACACUCAUCCUCCUCAUCCCCACCCCCGUCACCCUCUCAAAGCAAAGCACAGCGAUCGUCAGGAUCAGGAUCAGCAACAGCCACUGCCACAGCCACUCCUGAACCCGAUAGCACCGGAGACUCUAUCAUGCGUCUCCUUGCCCUUCAGGCGGCAGUUUCUAGGGCUGAAGAAGCUGAGCUGGCAACCGCCGCGCGGCUGGAGCGCGUCGCGGACGUGCUCGGGCGGGAGAUCGCCAAGUUGCGGCGCGACAAGCGGGCGCUGGAGUCCCGCGCGCAGCUGCUGACGUGGCGGCUGGAGGCGGUGCAUGCCAAGCUGGCAACGGUGUAUGGAGAGUUGGUGGGAGUGAGGGAGGCGAUGAGCGAGGGGAGGGUGGAGGAGGGUAUGGCGAUUCUUGAAGGGGUGAUCGGGGAGGUGGGGAGGUGGACGAGUAAUACUGCUGUGGAGCAGGGCGGACAGGGAGUGGGAGGAGAUAGAGAGGGAGGAGGGAGAGGAGGGGGAGUGAGUGGGGAGGAGGGGAGGAGGGAAGGGGAGGUGGUGGCAGGGUGGUGGGACGACUCCCCUCCUGGGGAAUGGGCUGAGUUUGGGAAAAUGUUUUAUGAGACUGGUUGGGAGCAGGCGUUCAUUCACCACAACGGCACGCCUUCAGGUUGGACUGCAGUGCCUGGCAAGAAGAUGAAGGACUCCACUGCCAAGGGGCCCGCUGGCUUUCCUCUUAAGGUGUACUCCAUAAGAGCAUCCUCGCUUGAGUUUGUGACCAACAAUGGGGCGGCUACAUGGGACAGUUCCCCAAGUGGUGGAAACUACACCAUUGAUCGUCCAGCGUACGGCGACCUGGGAAAGCUGAGGCGGUUGGUGGAGGAGGAGGGUCAUUCCAUCCAUGCCACUGAUGGCGGCGGAUAUUCCGCGCUACAGUGGAGCGCGCUUAAUAACAAACCCAUUAUAUCGACAUACCUGCUCGAUAAAGGAGCAGACGUGAAUGCAAAGGAUAGGUCGGGGCAGACGGCGUUGCACUGGGCGGCAGUCCGAGGUGGCAUUGCGGUUGCUGACGUGUUGCUGCAACGUGGCGCUGACGUGGAGAUUGCAGAUUCACACGGUUACAGGACCACACACGUGGCAGCACAGUACGGGCAGACGUCGUUCCUGUACCACAUCAUCGCUACAUGGCAGGCCUUGCCUGAUAGCACUGACAAUGACGGCCGCACGCCGCUGCACUGGGCGGCCUACAAAGGCUUUGCGGACCCCAUCCGUCUGCUGCUCUUCUGUGACGCGUACCUCUCUCGGCCUGACAAGGAGGGGUGCACGCCCCUGCAUUGGGCGGCAAUCAGAGGGAAUCUGGAUGCGGUUACGCUAUUGGUCCAGGCUGGCAGCAAGGGCGAUCUGAUUGCCACGGACUCCACUGGGAGCAUGCCAGCUCAGCUCGCGAGUGACAAGGGCCACCGCCACGUGGCGCUUUUCCUGUCCAAUGCUCGCAAGGUGUUUGACGCCCGGCACGACACCAAGGGGCUGGCAGGCAAGAUGGCGAGAUACGGCCUGGCACCCGCGCUCUGGGCGGUCAUCAUUGGGCUGCUCAUUGGCUUCACAAACGCUGUCGUUUUCUCCACCACGCUCCCAGUGAUAACAGCGACCAUGGCAGCAUGGGCGUGGGCCGUUUUCAUCUGUGCCGGCACGGGCAUGUACUUUCUUUAUCGUUCCUCCACGCAAGAUCCAGGCUACGUGCAAUCACCACGGCUACUCAGUUCCAAGAAGGAGCAACAAGAGGAGAUGGUGCCACUACGGGUCGACUACAUGGAUCCAGUGCUGCAGUCGGGCCAAUGGUCGCAGCUGUGUGUCACCUGCCGGAUUGUGCGGCCUCGACGGUCGAAGCACUGCUCCAUUUGCAACAAGUGUGUCACUCAGUUCGACCACCACUGCCCCUGGAUCUCCAACUGUGUGGGCAAGCGCAACAAGUGGCAUUUCCUCAUCAUGCUCGUGCUUGAAAUGGCAGCCAUGAUCAUUGCCCUCUCCCUCGCCUUCGGCCGCCUGAUGAACCUGGAGGGAGCGCCGGCAGCAGGGGCGGGAUGGCUGGGCUACGUGGCAAUGCACCACACGGGGGCGCUGGUGUUUAUAAUAGCGGAUGGCUUCAUGCUGCUGUCCGUGCUGGGCCUUGUCGUGUCACAGGGCUCUCAGGUGGCUCAGAACAUAACAACCAAUGAGAUGGCCAACGCGCAUCGCUACGCCUAUCUGAGGGGCCCUGACGGCAAGUACUUCAAUCCCUUCAACCGCGGGUGCUACCAAAACUGCGUCGAUUUCUUGACCACCGGGGAAACCACCGACAGCGAAGCGGAGAGCUCAUCUAUUUUUGGGAGUACUGCCCCCAGUGGUGCUGGGGUGACUACUGGUAUGGCAGGGCAUGCGGGGCGCGGGCAGAGAGCAUCGGCCGGGCCUGUGGGGCUGGGAGGUAUGGGGCUGGGUGCUAGAGUUGCCAGAGUGGCAGCGAGGGAAUAG